UUUCAACAAUGGCACACCCGGUUCCUCCAGCAGGCGUCGCCGUCCCAGGUGCAGCCGUCGACGCUUCAGAAGGACUCAUAGUCAAGAUACGCAAAUUUGAGCAGAAGGAUAUCAAAGAAGUUCGCUUGCUCUUGGGCUAUUCGACUAUGGAGCAGCUCGCGCUUGCCAAUACUCUACUGUACACCAACCCUUUCGUCAUCGCUGCAUGGCUUGGACUGUCGAGCGUCAUGGUGACACUCAUGAAAUGGUGGCCUGUAGUAAACGGCCCCCUGUGGACCUGGCUCAUGCCCCUCCCUGCGCUCGCAAGCUGCGCCGUUCCAAUCUUAUUCGUGAUCGACUGGCUCAACCGAGCAGUCUUCGAGCACCUUACCCGACUCUCCCUCUCACGGGAAGACACUCUGGACAUCACUUCCUACUACAACAACCCGUCUUCUCCCGGCACCGCUUUCUGGGUCCUGAUAUACAAGAACAACCCCAUCGGCGUCGCUGCCACUGAUGCGUUCAAGCCUACUGAGGAGCUGAGGGGACUUGAUGAUAUUCUGAAGGAGGCAGAGGCAGAGGUGGAGAAGGAACAUGGCAAGGGGCCGGCAAAGAAACCCGCCAAGACGAAAGCGGAGAAAGAGGCGCAGAAGGAAGAACAUGACAAGCGGGAAGCUGAGACACGCGAAAAGGUGCAAAACAAGAUCGCUUCUCUCUCUACGGCUUCGAAGCCUAAGCAAAGCUCAAACUGCGUCUACGUCCGACAUUUCCACCUCGACGCACCCUACCGCGCCACGUUCAUCCAAAACGACCUCUUCGCUCACGCCCUUGCCCAUGCAUUCACUUCGGAAGCUGGGGUGGAGAAAGCAUACCUGAGGAUCAGCAGACUCACCCCCUGGCUUGCUGAGGUGAGCAGGACGAUGGGCAUGCAGAAGUGUGCUGGCCCGGAGGGGAGCAUCGACCUGGAGAAAGACAGCAUAGGGAGGGGCCCACAGAGAUGGAAGGAGUACUGGGUUGGCGUGGGGAGGAAGGACUGGGAGAAGAGGUUUGAGGAAAUAAGGGAACUACAUGGGCUUUAAAAGGGCAAGGGACAGGUGUAGCUUGGACGAGAGUGCCUCCCUUCGCCUGGUUCGGUAGGGUGAAAUCGAUGUACAUAUU